AUGACGUUCGAGUACUUCGGUGACGAGGCCUUUCUGACAACAUAUAAAAGUUUUCUGCACGAAUUGAAAGUCACUGAUGAACAGAUAGAAGAAAUUUUAACUGAGAUGCGUCGCGAUUCCUCGGAUCGUCAGUUGGAAUCAACUAGAAGUCUAGAGCGCAAAGUCAACCUUGUCAAACACUACACUCCCCUAAGCAAAACGUCGUUUGUCCUCUCGGCAGAUGACUAUCAGCCACCGAUCGCAGAUUUACUUCGAAAAGUUAAACAACGACGCUUUGACAUGGAGGAGGUUGUUUCCCUAGUUGAACCCGUACCAGAAUUGCAAGAAGUCUAUACACUACCGCUUCUGACUACAGCAUGCCUACGCAGAAUAAACGCCGAAUUAGAUGCCUUUCUGGCCUCGGGUCUUCCGGUCGGUCGUCCGAACACAAUGAAUCGUCAAGGCAUUUUGCUUUGCGAGCUGCCUGGUCAUAUGGCCAGAGCUCAUCCCGAGACACCCUGUGACCCAGGUAGCGCGGACGUUGAUUUGAUAGACGAAGGUCUUCUAAGUUCAAGCGAACCAGUCUCACUACGCAGCCUCCUCCGACUAAUAUUUCCCGAUAUUGGCGGAAAAAUUGACUCCUACAGAGCUUUUACAGUGGAGUACGAGGGUCGCCCUGCGACAGAUUUGGAAACUAGCAUCGACUCGGGCCUCUCCUACCACUAUGACAACGCUGAGGUUCGUUUUGUUCUCAUAACUCUCAUAGUUUGUAAUGCAUUCGGCUAA